AUGUUCUUGCAUAGAGACAUAAGAAAUAAUACGUACCUCACUUUUAUACCUUUCGUUUUGCAUUGA